AUGGUUUCUCAUAUAGAAACAGCAACAAUAAAACGAUGUAAUCUUCAAUUCAAGUGUAGUUUAGUAGAUCAAUCCGUUUCCGCAACUGAUGGCAAAAAGUGUUACGUUUUUAGAAAUAGUUGUCUGUUGGCAAGUAAAAAUUGCCAACGUAAAAACGAAUGCAAGUCGGAGUUACGUGUUAUUACAAGAGAGAAAUGUAAAUCCUUGUGUACAAGAUUCUGUCCAGCAAUUUAUAAACCAGUUUGCUGUUAUGACGGUAAAGUGGAAAAAUCAUUUUCAAGUGGAUGUGAGUUGGAAAGAUACAUUUGCGAAACUGGAAAAACUUGCAGUUCUACUCAGACUGGUAAAUGUGAUUGUGAUUUAUAAGAAAGAGAGAGAGA